UUUUUUUUUUUUUGCAAAUGUCGGCAUCAUCAUACGCAUACUUGUUCAAGUAUAUUAUCAUUGGCGACACAGGAGUUGGAAAGUCAUGCCUGCUGCUGCAGUUCACAGACCACCGGUUCCAGCCCGCGCACGACCUGACUAUCGGCGUGGAGUUUGGGGCGCGCCUGGUGACGGUAGACAACAAGCAAAUCAAGCUCCAGAUCUGGGACACGGCCGGCCAGGAGUCGUUCCGCAGCAUCACACGCAGCUACUACCGGGGCGCCGCCGGAGCGCUGCUAGUGUACGACAUCACGCGCCGCGACACAUUCGACCAUCUGGCGACGUGGCUCGAGGACGCCCGCCGGCACUCAAACGCCAACACGACAAUCAUGCUGAUCGGCAACAAGUGCGAUUUGGAGGCGAAGCGCGCGGUUGCGCGCGAGGAGGGCGAGGCGUUUGCGCGCGAGAACGGGCUGUAUUUCAUCGAGACCUCCGCCAAGACCGCCAUUAACGUCGAGGAGGCCUUUGCCCAGACCGCCGAGGACAUCUACGAGAAGAUCCAGCAGGGCGUGUUUGAUGUGACCAGCGAGUCGAGCGGCAUCAAGCUGGGCCCGUCCCAGCCCGGCAUCUCGUCCAUGCCCAACAUGUCGCAGGCUAACGGCCGGGCAUGCUGCUGA